CACUCGCGUGCGCGGCCGGCUCGCCAUGCCGCUUGCCGCACAGCGCCAGCGCCAGGCGCCCAGCGCCACGGCGGGCCCGUCUUCGCGCGCACCGAAGAGCACCGCCGGCGCGGCGCCGUCGUCGUAUGAGGACGACGAUGACGCCUCGUCAUCCGACGACUCGGGCGACGAGGCCGCCGCGCUCGAGAUGGACGGGCAGGAGCUGUGGGCGCAGAACUACUGCGCCACCUGCGACUGCCUCAUCCCUCCCGGCGCCGGCGUCAGCGCCUCGCCCGCUUCGCCGCAGCCCGCCGAUGCGCAGCCAGAGGCAGGGCCGAGCCGUCUCAGCGACGCGUCCGGCCUCAAGAGCCGCACCGGCACCAUCAAGGCACGCCCGCCAUCAGCAGACGGCAAGGCCGCCGCAAACAGCGGUGGUGGAGCACUGAAGCGCACCCACUCGACCGGGCGCCUGCACGCCGUCGGCGGCACGGGCGCCGGUAUGGGCCAGCACAAGCGCACCGGCAGCGCUGCCGGGCGCCUCAACGCGCUGAGCGACCUCAAGCCCACCACCAAGCUGCACGACGACGCGCCGGCGCCUAAGGGCAAGGGCAGCGACAGCACACGCAGCCCGGCGCUCUCGCGGCGCAGCUCGCUCGUCAGCACGCGCUCGGGCGGCAGUGGCGGCGCACAUGGCGGCGCCAGCGGGCCUUCUUCGCCGUCCGCUUCGACGUCGGCGCUGCCGCGGACCAAGAAGAGCGGCCUGCUCGGCGGUCUCACGCCCGCGGCACUGCGCCAGGAGGAGGAGGAAGCGCGCAGCGCCAAGGUCGCGCCGGCGCUCUACUGCUCGGAGCGCUGCCGUCUCAUCGACCAGCAGCGCUCGGCCGGUCUCGGUGAGCUCGCAAACUACCUCUCGCAGCCAACAGCGCCGCCUGUCGCCUGGGCCAACUCCGGCUGGGGCUCGGCGGCCAUGACGCCCGGCGGCACCACGGCGUGGCCGCGGCGCGUGCCGAGCAUGACGAGCAUGCCAGCGGCGAUUGCCGGCUACGCAGGCGUCGUGCGCACGCCCGAGAGCGAGUGCAUGUGCCCCGAGUGCCUGGACCGCAGCAGCAGCGCCAGCGGCACCAUGCCGAGCGGCGCCAGCGACACGACGGAGAGCUCCGCAUCGCUCGGCUACGCCUACGCCGCUGGGCGCCAGAAGCAGCGCACGACGAGCGGCCGCAUCGUCACGCCGCAUGGCCUGGUGCCGCACCACAGCGACGGCUACUUCCCCGUCGUGCCGCCAGCCGGCACCCGCCGCGCGUCGAACCGCGACAGCCCGCGCACUCGCACCACCUCGCUGCGCCCGGCACUCAAUGCCACCUCGACCGAUGGCAGCACGCAGAGCAGCGAGAGCAAUCGCAGCACCUCGGAGCCCGGCGCCGCAUCCGAGACGCUCGACCGCAGCGCCUCGAUCCGCACCCGCUCCUCGACGAUGUCGGAGGACACGCGCGGCAUCCUCACCACCGGCACCGUCACGCCUGCCGCGACGGUCCGCGGCUCGAGCUCCUCGAACUCGCCGCGUGCCGAGGCGAUGCGCCGCAACGGCAGCGAAUCGCGCUCGGCCUCGUACGCCUCGAGCCGGCCCUUCGGCAGCACGAUGAGCGUCAGCGCGUCGACAGCCGCCAGCCCGCUACGCCUGCUGCGCCGCGGCGACCAUCACGCCGAGGCCAUGACGAACGUCUCUGCGGAGCAGGCGCACAGCCCGCAUGGCGGCCCGCACGGCAUGCUCUCCAGCAGUCUCGCGAGCAACAGCGGCUUCACCGAACUGGCGUCUAGCGCCACGACGAUGGGCACUGCGCUCGACGGCAGCUCGCUGCACCACCGCCGCGCCAAGCACAACCGCGCGCUGCCCGACUUCGGCAGCGAGCGCAACAGCAGUGCCAUCACGGUCAAGGAGACGGCUCGCCGUGAUAGCGAGGCGCCUCUGGACUCGGUCGCACAUCUCGAGCGCCUCAGCAGCAGCUACAACCCGGGUGCUUCGGCGGUCGGCAGCCUCAAGCAGGCUGCGGCCGGCAAGCGGCAAUCGAUCGCCGGUCCGCCGAGCAGACUCGACUCGGAGCGGCCCGAGCAUCACCGCGGCGGCAGCGACGGCAGCCAGCAGCGUCCGGCGUGGAACGCCAGCGCGCCGCGCCGCAUCUCCUUCGCUGGCAGCAACGGCUCCGGUAACUCGAGCAGCGGCUGGCUGCGCUCGCUGACGUCGGCCUGGGCGACCAUCCGCGGCGUCUCGAGCGACGCUGUGGCCGACGAUGCCGGCAUCGACACUCGCGACGACACGAGCUCGCUGCGUGGUGCCGACAAGGGCUUUACGAGCCGGCAGCGUGGCGAGGCCGUGGCGCGCGACACGCGUCCGCCAUCCUCCGCCUCGUCGCGCCGCGGUAGUGCCGGCAGCAGCGCCCGCGGCGGACUUCUCUCGCCCGCCGUCGGCAGCCUCACAGCCCUCUCCACGCUCGACGCCCAGUCGCGCGGCGAGGAGCCGACGCCGACGCAGAGCCUCGUCACGCGCCCGAACAGCCUGCGCGGCAUGAUCCCGGCGUACGCUCGCGGGGACAGCGGCGAGAUCGUGCACGGCGACGAGAGCGACACCAACGCCGUCGCCGGCGCCUCGUCGCCGCAGUUCAAGCGUUCCGGCAGCCGCGCAGCAGCGCAGUCUCGCUCGCCCAAGGGCGUGCGCAACCGCUCCUCCGAUGAGCCGGAGCGUCGCCGCCGGCGCUCCGACCGCGAGCGUGAGCGUGCCAUCCGCCACCAGCGCAGCAAGGACGUCACGGUGCUGCCGCCGCUGCUCGGCCCGAGCGACCGCAGCUUCAGCAGCACGAAUCUCGCCAACGGCCGGCCGCGCUCGACACGCACACAGUCGACGGCCAGCAGCGGCUAUGGGCGCUCGCGCGCGGGCAGCAAUGGACAGGCGUCGCAGCUGCAGGUGGGCAGCGCCGGCUCGGCUCACAGCUUCUCGCGCCCAACGACGAGGAGUCCCGGCGGCGACGCGCACAGCUACAGCAACCCGCCGAGCGCCGGCACAAGCCCGCGCCGCGCCGGCCUGGGCUGGGGCGCCAUGACGACGAUCACCUCGCCCGUCGAGGCCGCCGCACCACCGCCGCACGGCCUGCAGCACGGAUACAGCUCAAGCAUCGCGCUGGGCCACGCUGCGGCGCUCUCGGCCCGCGGCGUGCACCACCCGGCCAACCUGCACCAUGGCGCGCAUCACGCGCAGUUCGCGCCCUCGGGCGCCACGCACCAGCACCGCCCGCACGCUGUGCGAGCCGUGCACCACCACCGCGGCGGCGGUGCGUUGCAAGUGGGCCACAUUGGCCUGCUCGGCGCGCACCCGCACGGCCACGCACCCGUCUAUGGCCGGCACGCGACGACGCCGGCACGCAGCUCGACGCCUCGCGUGCCCGAGGAUGGCGGCGAAAUGAGCGGCGCAGCGCUGCGCGGCGCCGACGAGGCUGGCAGCACGCAUGAGGUGCCGCCGAGCCGGCCGCGCAGUGCCAUGUCACAGCACCGUGCUAGCACCGCCAUGGGCGUGCAGCGCCCCCGCAGCGUCGUGGCGAUGCGCGCCCUCGGCGGCGGCAUGCAGCCGCUGGCCUCGACCAACACUCUUGCCAGCAGUGGCCUUGCGCCGCUCUCGCCUGGCAUGCCGCCCGUCACGAUCAACCCCGAGGUGGGCGCCCCGCCGCUGGGCGCCGGCGCACGCACGUGGAGCUACGAGGCGCUGCCGGGCGUCAAGACGUACCCCGUGCUGCAGCUGCCCGACCGCGAGACGCACGACCGCUACGACGACGGCUGGGGCCUCGGCGACGGCGGCCUCGAGGAGAUGAUGACGGGGCGCAAGCUGCCGCGCCCGGCGCCGCCGCCGUCGAGCACGGGCGCCGUCGCCGGCCAUGCUCCCGAGGGCAGCAGCGGCACGCUGCCGCGCAUGCCGAAGCGCAAGACGCUCUUCUACUUUGACGCCUGAUCAGACACACUCAAAACGACACGAACCGGAUCCUUCUCUCGCGUGCCCUCACUCAUACGACUCCAUGACGACGCGGCCAUACACACGACCUUGCCUCAUCUAGCCUCCCGCAACCUUGACGUCCCCCACAUGUCUGCGCCCGUCCCUCUCACUUGCAUCGAACACGGACUUCUCAGACUGCCUGCGCACGCCUCAUACAGCGCCUCGUUGCGCUCCAAUACCAUACUGCUGCGCUCUCAA